AAUUUACUCUUUGAAAUAAACUAGUGCCACCAUACUUUUCAGGAUAAAGAUAUUAAAAGAAGAGAAUUAUUUUAGGUUAUAUUUUCAUUUUGGUGGGAAAUAAAAUAAUAAUUUAUAUCUAUAUUUACGAUGGCUGAAAAAUUGGAAGAUUUGAAUUUACCGAAUUCCUCUGUACAGAAAAUAAUCAAAGAAGCUCUUCCCGAUUCCGUGAAUAUCGGAAAAGACGCAAGAUCAGCUUUAUCCAGGGCAGCUUCUGUAUUUGUGCUUUACGUUACAUCGCAGGCUUCUAAUGAAGCCCAAAAAGGUAACAGAAAGACGUUGAUCGCCAAAGAUGUUAUGACUGCAUUGGAGGAACUGGAAUUCGAUAAUUUUAUAGAACCCUUAGAGGAAGCUUUAAAAGAGUUUAAGGAUUCAAAAGUAAAAAGGAGUAGAGCCAAGAAACCAAAUGGGGAAAGUGUUGCAACUGAGGAUGUAGAAGAUCAACAUGAAACUGCAGAUGCUGAUUUAAAGGAUGAUGAUUAGUUCAUAGUACGUUUUUUAUUUUUGUAAAUAAAAGUUUUUUUUUUAA